AUGCAUGACUUCAUCAUGGCAGAAGAUUCUGAGUUGUGGGAUGUUAUUUGUGAUGGUCCUUAUGUCCCAAGGAAGAAGGUUGGAGACCCUCUUGUGACGAUGCCUAAAACCAGGAAAGAAUACAAUGAUGCAGAUAGGAAAUCUGUUGAGAAAAAUUUUCGUGCUAAGAAAAUUUUGCAAGAACAUUUCAAGUACAACCCUGACAAAGCAGCAAAGAGGAACCCGGUGCCUGACAAACGCUUUAAAAGAAAGAACGUCGCUGACAAUGUUGUAAAGCAAGCCCUUGCAGCAUGGGGAGAUUCCUCCAGUGAGUCUGAAGAAGAAACUGAUACAGGAACAACGGGCAUUUCAAAGAAGAUUUCCAAGCCAGAGCUCACUCUCUUCAGAAAAACAAAUUUUGCUGAAAGAGUAGCUGCUAAAAGGGGACCAGGAUACAUUCUUGGAGUUGGAAAGAUUGGGAAAUCACUCACUCACACAAUUGAGGAUGUGUACUAUGUCAAUAGGCUCAAAUACAAUCUCUUGAUUGUUUCUCAAAUAUGUGAUAAAGGAAACAAGGUGGAGUUCUUGUCAAAGAUAUGCACAGUUACUAAUCUAGUAACAGGCAAAGUGGUGCUGGUGGCCAAAAGAUACAAGAACAUUUAUGUUGCCGACAUUGAGUCUCUACAAAAUGGUAAUCUGAUUUGCUUGAAAGCAGUUGAUGAUGAAGCUGAGCUGUGGCAUAGAAGACUGGGGCACGCAAGUUUUUCUCUACUGAACAAAUUAGUUCAAAAGGACCUGGUGCAUGGUUUGCCCAAGUCAAAGUUCGCGGAGCACAAAGUUUGUGAUGCCUGCACCAAAGGGAAGCAUGUGAAAUCCUCAUUUAAGCGAAACAACCUUUGUGAAGAAAAUUCAAGUGAAGAUGGACUCAAAAGUAGCCCGCAUAAGAUCAGAUCAGAUCAUGGGACAGAAUUUGACAAUGCCAAGUUUGAUGAUUUUGGCAACGAGAAUGGGAUUACUCAUAACUUCUCAUCCCCCAUAACUCCACAGCAAAAUAGGGUUGUGGAAAGGAAAAACAAAACUCUUGAAGAAAUGGCAAGGACACUGUUGAUCGAUAGUGGGAUUGCGAAGAACUUCUGGCUGAAGCUGUCAGCACUGCCUGCUACUUGGUGA